GCCAAUUAUUUGUCAGUAAACAAUAUGAGGAAGAAGGUGUUCUUUUAUAGGAGGAGAUUACAGCUCAUCUUCACAGCUUCACCUAUCGACCAGGAUGGCAGGCACAAUCAAAUAUGAGGAACUGAAAGCACUCCUUGCACAGAGCGGGGGCCUGGUUCUGAUCGAUGUGCGGGGUGACGAUGAGGUGCGUGGAGGACGUAUCCCUGGUUCCAUUCACAUUCCCCUCUCCAUGUUAGACAAUGCUCUUUCAUUGAGCCCAGCUGAAUUCAAGGCCAGGUAUAACGCAACGAAGCCGGCGCCGGAUACCCCUAAGCUCGUGUUUUACUGCCAGUCCGGCAGGCGAGGGGAGAUGGCCGCACACAAGGCACAUCGACAUGGAUACAUUAAUGUGUAUAAUUACGCCGGAGCCUACAGCGAAUGGUCCAGAAGAGAACCGAAACAGCUUUAAUGAGAAAACUCCCACUGUGCAAUAAAGCUAUUCAUAUACAAAACCUGUACAAAAAAAAAAACAUAUGUUAUGAUUUUGUUGUUUAUCAUACAAUAAACCACUAAGAUUUUAAAAUCUAAAUUUAUAGUAUGCUAUAAGUUAAAAUAAAUUAUGCUGUUUACU